AUGACUCACAAUUUUGAUGUUUUGGAGUAUCUUGAAGAGUACCAGAAAUAUCCAUGUUUAUGGGAUAAAAGCUUAGACGAAUAUAGGAACAGGGUAAAAAGAGACCAUGCUGAAGAAAUGUUGCUUCAGUUUUCCAAGAUGCCAACCAUAAAGGAAUUGAGACAAAAAACUAGAAACAUAAGGUGUACAUAUAAUCAAGAAGUUGCCAAAAUUAAGAAGUCGAUGGUAACAGGAUCUGGUUCAAGUACAGUUUAUAAACCAAAGUUAUCUUGGUUUUCAUUAGCUGACAGUUUUUUAAAAAUAAAUAAUGAUGGUGUUUAUAAACCAGAUACCAAUUUAGUAAGUAUAAUUUUAGAUAUUUUAUUAAAAAUUAAAGAAUUUACACUCUGCUACUUUAAUUAUCUGUAUACUGUGAUUAAUUUAUAA